CCGAAACCAUAGGACUACCAGUCCCACAAUGCCACUGCGUGGGUGCACUUCCUCUUCCGCCUGAACAGGGCGCCGGCUCCGCAGACGUGUUCUUCCGGUGGCGAGCGGCGGAUUACCUGCUGGCGGGCGAGAUGGAGCUCGAGGCCAUGAGCAGAUACACCAGCCCAGUGAACCCCGCCGUCUUCCCCCAUCUGACUGUGGUGCUCUUGGCCAUUGGCAUGUUCUUCACCGCCUGGUUCUUCGUUUAUGAGGUCACCUCCACCAAAUACACUCGAGAUAUCUACAAAGAACUCCUCAUCUCCUUGGUGGCCUCACUCUUCAUGGGCUUUGGAGUCCUCUUCCUGCUGCUCUGGGUUGGCAUCUACGUGUGAGCUCCCAAGGGUACCAGCCAGGCGGCUUCACCAAAUUACUGCUUUUGUAAAUUAAAUUUUUUUACUAUUGCUGGAACUGUCCCAACCUGCUACUCUCAAUAAAGGCAGAUACAUGAC